CUAAGCAGCUAUGGAUGUGGGUCUCUUGGACCUGCCAGACGCAUCUCAGGGUCGUGGCAAGACCUUGUGGGGGGCUCGGGGCAGGGGCCCUGCCAUGCGUCGGCAGCGGGAGUUCAUGCCGGAAGAGAAGAAGGACACGGUUUACUGGGAGAAGCGGAGGAAGAACAAUGAGGCGGCCAAGAGAUCCCGGGAAAAGCGGCGUCUCAACGAUGCGGCCAUUGAGGACAGGCUGGCCGCACUGAUGGAGGAGAACACCCUGCUCAGGGCUGAGCUGCGGGCGCUCAAGCUUCACUUUGGCCCCCUGCAGCCCACGGGUGGCCCCCGGGCUUUGCCCCUGCAGACUCUGCUAUGGGAAUCCCCCUGGACUGGGGACCCCCGCCCUGGGGCUGAAUCGCUCUCGCUCUUGUCUGCCUCCCACACCUGCUUCUUAAGGCCAUGUUCCCUGGAUGCUGGGCUUUCAGGAUGCCGGAGCUGUCUGCUGGCUCCCAGGUGGACUGGCCUAGCUGUGUCCCCCAGGUCCCCCCAGGACCCUGCAUCCCCUGUCCCCAACAGAAUUGACAUGGCCUUGCAGACUGCCCUGCCAGCCACCCUCUUCAGCUAUCACCUCUUGGAUAGGCAUGUGGGGCCCAGACCAGAGCUCAGGCCCUGCUGGGGGCUGUGGUCACCCAUGCUCCCCAGAUGCCAGGCCUCAGGGCCCUCGGGUGUGUUGCUGACACCCACUGCUGACCCCAUGGGGCUGCCUCCCAGGGUGACCUGCUCUGUCCCAGGGAAUAGUCCUGAGGGUCUGACUCAGCCCUCUCUGCCCCACAAACUGCGCAUUAAGUCCCAAGCCUCCAGAAGAGAGGGUGGCCGGGGCACCCUCUGAGGGCUUUCCCUGGGCAGGG